AUGACGGAUGAUGACUAUGAUGAUGACGAUAGUGAUGGGGUGGAGACAAACCUUGACUGGCAGAACAAAACAAGAAAGAAUCCUGGUUCUAUGCCCGAGACAACCAGGAGGAUGGAAGCGGCCUCCAUGCUCUGCUCUCUGCUGCGGACCAUCCGGCAGGUUGUUCCUUCAUCAGCUUCAGGCCAAGUUCGAAGUUACUAUGUAGAUUGGAAAAUGUUGCGUGAUGUGAAGAGAAGAAAAAUGGCCUAUGAGUAUGUAGAUGAGAGGCUACACAUCCAUUCUCUCAGGAAGAAUACCAUUCUGCCAAAAGACCUUCAGGAAGUGGCUGAUGAAGAAAUUGCUGCCCUUCCCCGGGACAGCUGUUGCGUUAGAAUCACAAAUCGGUGUCUUACGACGUCCCGUCCACGAGGUGUAAGGCGGCGCUGGAGGCUUAGUCAUAUCUUCUUCAGUCACUUAGCCGACCAUGGGCAACUGUCUGGGGUGCAGCGAGCAAUGUGGUAA